GCUCUUCUCCUGUCUAUUACUCUUACAGAUAAGCUCUGGAGAAUAUUUGAGGAGCUGUGUUUUGCUCGGCUCUACUCAUCAUGCUGGGACGCCUGACUCACUACGCUUUUGACGCUGUGCUCUUCUCUGCCUUUCUGGCCGGCAUCAAGCGCUCGACUGGUUUAACCCCUAGUCUCGACACUGACAAGAUUACCGAUAACAAAGACUUUAAGAAAUGGAUCGAUAACUAUCUCGGCGUUGGCGAGUGGGUUAUGGAUCAGUCGGUUGCUGUGCUGUCGUCCACGAGUUACUUCGAACGCAAGCGGUGACGGGGUUUCGAUUUGUGGUUGAUAUGAAGGGGCU